GAUUUCCAUAAUGUUUUAGGAUUCACUCCCUGAGUGUAAAGACACUGGCUUGUUUACCAGAUAACCGCCAACACUGUCAUUUUGUAGUUUGUCUGUCUCUGGUAAGGAGGGUGUUAUGAAGGGUCUGACACAUGGCAUCAUCUAGUUUCUCCUUGUUCAUUUCCAGCUUGUUGUUAGUGUCCAAGUUCUUUGAGCAUCACCCGUUCACCCAGGAGGAGGUCUCCUCAGAGGGGACCACCCCAGUGUCUGAGGCCUGUCCAUCCCUCCCCCCAUCUGACUCCACCGGGUCAAUAUGCCACACCACUGUGUCCCCGUCCAAGUCCAUACCCAUCCCGCCUAGUUUCCGGCCCAACGAGGAGGACCACCGCAACCAGUUUGGCCAGCGGGACCGCUCGUCCUCCGCUCCCAAUGUCCAUAUCAAUACCAUCGAGCCUGUCAACAUUGAUGACCUGAUUCGAGAUCAGGGCUUACCAAGGUCAGAUGGAGCCCCCCCGACCCACCCCGCCCGCUGCUUGAGGAAGCACCGAACACGGACCUCAAGCCCCCUCCUAUACUCCUACCCCAAUGACAUAGUGUUUGAUUUUGAGCCCGAGCCUGUUUUCCGAGGCUCUACCACAGGGCUGUCUGCCACGCCUCCUGCCUCUUUACCUGGUUCUCUCACCAGUGUCAAGGUUCCGCAGAAGUCGCCAUGCCAACAGAGGGAGCGCAAGUCGUCGUCGUCGUCUGAGGACCGCAAUAAGAUGAAAACCCUGGGGAGAAGGGACUCCAGUGAUGACUGGGAAAUCCCGGAGGGUCAGAUCACUCUGGGUCAGAGGAUAGGCUCUGGAUCCUUUGGAACUGUCUACAAGGGAAAGUGGCAUGGUGAUGUGGCAGUGAAGAUGUUAAAUGUCACUGCUCCCACACCACAGCAGCUUCAGGCCUUCAAGAAUGAAGUGGGAGUCCUCAGGAAAACGCGUCAUGUGAACAUCCUGCUGUUCAUGGGCUACACCACCAAGCCUCAGCUGGCCAUCGUGACCCAGUGGUGUGAAGGCUCCAGUCUGUACCACCACCUGCACAUCAUCGAGACCAAGUUCGAGAUGAUCAAGCUGAUUGACAUCGCUCGGCAGACCGCUCAGGGCAUGGAUUACCUGCAUGCCAAAUCAAUCAUUCACAGAGAUCUGAAGAGCAACAAUAUUUUCCUCCACGAGGAUCUGACAGUGAAGAUUGGUGACUUUGGUCUGGCUACAGUCAAAUCCCGCUGGAGUGGCUCCCACCAGUUUGAGCAGCUGUCUGGCUCUAUACUGUGGAUGGCUCCAGAGGUGAUCCUGCAGGACAAGAAUCCCUACAGCUUCCAGUCAGACGUCUACGCCUUCGGCAUUGUGCUGUACGAGCUCAUGUCAGGAGCACUGCCCUACUCCAACAUCAACAACAGAGACCAGAUAUCAUAUUUGGUGGGUCGAGGUUACCUGUCUCCUGACCUCAGCAAGGUGCGCAGCAACUGUCCGAAGGCCAUGAAGAGACUGAUGGCUGACUGCCUGAAGAAGAAGAGAGAGGAGCGGCCUCUAUUCUGUCAGAUUUUGGCGUCCAUUGAGCUUCUGGCUCGGUCAUUACCCAAAAUCCACCGCAGCGCCUCGGAGCCUUCGUUAAACCGAGCUGGCUUUCAGACGGAGGACUUCAGCUUGUACGCCUGCGCCUCUCCUAAAACCCCCAUCCAGGCCGGCGGCUAUGGUGAGCUCCUACACACAUCCACAAACUGAGUCUGAACAG